GUGCAGGGGUUAACGGUGUUCGCCACCGCCACCGCCACCACCACCCGGCUAUAAUGUGCUGUUUUAUUGAAUCCUUACAGUGGCUCUGAGAUGUGGUGACUGUUAUAGAGAGAGUAACUGAGGCUUAGAGAACCAGUGGCUUGUCCAAGGUCACAUAGAGUCAGGACAGUGGAACUCAAGUCUCCUAACCACCUUUCUGGUAGUUGCUCAUGGCUAUCUGAGCUUCCAUCUCUCACACUUGGACUGGCACAGGCGUCCCAUUAUGAGUUUGCAGUGAGAUUUGUGUGCACACAUGGCUGGCAAAUUGCAAGUGUGUGUUUUACCUUGUUUUCCUGUCAUCCCGUUUCCCCUCCCCACAAGCCGGGGUCACCAGAAAGACCUGGCUCUGAAGUAUCUGGAGUUAGCGGCACAGCCCAGCCCAGGGGUGGGAAGGGAUGGUGACCUUCAUCAUGCUUCACUUGAGAGGUCCCCACCCCCUGUCUUUGACUCACCCAUUUGCCUUGGUGGGGAGCAGAUGGAGUAACCUUGUGCUUGUACCCUCCCCAAUCUGGGUCUCUGUCUCCCCAUUCUUCCUCGAUAACCCUUCUAAUUCUGAUCACUGCCGAUGCUUGACCUGGGGCUGGGGAUCAGGGUGUCCCUCAGUCCUCCCUGGAAUGAUUGGAGCUGUGCUUUGGGGGCUGUUGAAAAUAGCUGGUUUCGUCUCCAGGGGCUGAGCCCAAGUUAUUUCCAUCCCCAGCAUAGAGGUAGAAAUAGCUCAGGGCCAGGAGAAGGAGAGAGGGGAGAAGGGCUAACUAAGGGUUAACCUUCCCUUCUGGCCCAACCUCUGUGGAGCCCCCCAGCUAUACUCUAUGCCCCACCAAGCCAAACCAUUCUGGGAACUUGGGCCUCUGGGGAUGACAGAGGGGCCGAGCUGGGUUUCUAUUUGGUGUGGUUGCUAGAGGGAUAUGCCCGCCAUUGGUGCAAAGCAUAGAGGGGCUCAACUUACAGAGCCAAGAGUCAGAGCCAGCAGGCUCAGCCCCACUUACACGGGGGGAGAGUGAGCCUCUAAGAAUGGCAGGGCAUGCCCAGCUCCUUGCCUGGUUGUUGUAGCUCUCCUCUCCACUUUCCCUCCUUCUACUUGAUGUCUGGACACUUGGGCGGCAAGGGAAGCAGGUUCUGUCACAGCUUUGCGGCCCUGGCUCUCUUUGCGUGCCCAGCUGCUUUCUUCGGUGUUUGUUUUUCGGUGCUAUGGAUUGACCCCCAGAGCUGUGCGUGCUAAACUGGUGCUGCAAGGUAGGGCUGGGCUGGUUAGGAAAGCCAGUGCUCUGCAUCCCGCUGUGUGCUCCACCCCUAUGUCAGACCUCUGCCCUGUCCUCCAGAGAUUCCUCAGUCCCAGACACAGGCAAGGAACCAAGGAUCAGAGAAGGCACCUUCAAGACCCUUGUGCCACUGGGGUCCAAACCCAGGUCGAUGGCCUUGAAGUCAGGAAUUCUUUCCUGGGCCACCCACCCUGGGAAAGAAGAGCACUCUAUAAAUAAACUGCCAUGUGGCUCCCAGAGUGUCCCUGGUUGGUUGGCACAGAUGGAGGGGCCUUCUGUGGCCAAUUAGAGGCAGGGUCCAUUCGAGUUUGGGAAGGGACUAAACUUGGCCCUGUGUAUGCUCAUGGUGGGAAGGAACUGAGAGCCUGUGGGCCCUUCACUCUCCUUACUUGCCUUCCUCAAGCAGCCUCCUCACUGCUGGCUAGGUCAAAAGAGAUGGAGAACUGAUGGCUGGGUGUGUCCCCUGAUAGGAAAACUUCCUGAAGCGUGGAGUGGGGGCUGGGCUCCAGCCUGCUUGUGAAGAGUUGCUGUUAGCCUGUGUGUUCUGGAUCUCCCCCCACACACACACCGUGAGGUCAGCUGAGUAGGCACAAUUGCCCGAGUGAUGGCAGGUGGGGCUGCAUGUGAACUGCUGAACUGUCUCGGCUCAGUCCUCUGCCAUUCCGACUCUGUGGUCUGAGCUGUGUGGAAGCAGGCACACACAAGCCUCCACUGGUGUGGGUACCUGGAUCUCAUGCUGUCGAGACUUACAGACUUGGGUUCCUCACAGCCUGCUUUCCGGUACCCGGGCACCUGGGUAGCCUUGACAGGACAUCGCUUGUUCUUUUGAGCCUGAGUUCUUCCAGUGGCCCUUGUGAGGCCGGGCCGUGGUGGUGCACACCUUUAAUCCCAGCACUUGGAAGGCAGAGGCAGGUGGAUUUCUUGAGUUUGAGGCCAGCCUGGUCUACAGAGUGAGUUCCAAGACAGUCAGUACUACACAGAGAAAUUCUGUCUCAAAAUAAAAAGAAAGAAAGAAAAAGAACUGGUAGAACUUUGCCAGCAUUGCUUAAGUGAGAUUCCAAAUAUCCCUUCACAUCCUUUGAGGCCCCAAAACUCAAGAGAGACUAAAUGACCUGUUCAAGGUCACAGAUCCACUCAGUGGCAGAGCCAGAGUUUCAGCUCCCAGAUCCUAGCCUUGCUCUUGUUACUGCUGUUGUCAUACACAUGUCCACCCAGGCCUCAGCACAAGUUCCUCUGUGUAGGGCUCACUCCCCUGCACCAAAACCGAAGCAGCUGGAGAGUGAACUGGAGACCUGUGGUUUCUCCUCAGUCUCUCCCUAAGUCUCUGUUCCAAUCAACCACAUUGGGGUGAUGGAGGAGUCCGGGCUGAGCAGUCUGAGACCAUCCCGACUCAUUAGCAACUCAAUAAAAAGUGGAGGUAUGCGGCAGGGCAGCAGCCACACUGACUUCUGGGAGGUUGUAGCAGCAGGACUGAGGGGUGAGCCAGGUGUUUUCCUCCUGGUCCUUGCUGUCCUGUCUUAGGGCCAGACAAGGCAGUGCUGGGAUGGUCUGUGGUUCUUAAAGGUUGGUGUAGCUAAAGCAAACCCUUGCAAGCAGCGGGGUACUGGGCGAGGUGACAGCAAAAGCUGUCACUUGUCUCCUCCCCUAGCUUGGUAAGCCUUAUUACUUUUCAGGCGGGGCUCUUUUUAAAACUGUGUUACUUGUAUUUGUUUCUUUGUAUUGACUGGGUGGUAGUGUGGAAGUCAGCCACAACCUACAGGACUUGGUUCUCUAGAGAUCGAACCCAGGUCACUGUGUUGGUGGCAGGUGCCUUAGCCCACUGAGUUGUCUUACCAGCCCUAGUCCAAGGUUCUUACUGAGCUACCUCAGCCUCAGUUUCUUUAAUGGACCAUGGAAGCCUGUGCUGAGAGACCCAGUGGGCCUGGAGAGGACAUGGGACAUUGGGAGCUCUAGCUCUGUCCCAAGGGUGACUGCCUGGUCUCAGACUUCAUCCCCAGACUUGUCCUAGGAAGGAGGGAGACUGCAUUCAUUUCCUACUUAGACUGGAGGAGCCAGGAGAGCCAUAUCUGACUGCCUCAGCCCUUUUCUUAGGCUUAGGAGUCAAUUAGCCCUCUCAGCCCCUCCUGCCUGCCUUACCACCUGAGCUGCUGAAAUGCAGGCCCAGUGGCAGCCAGGAGGUCUGAUGAACAGAACAAACACGUCCAGCUCCUGCUGCCUGAAGUGUGGGUAGCAUGGGAAGAGAGCAGGGAAUGGGGAAUGCCCUUUUUCCGUGUAGCCUCUGGGCAGCUUUGUUUAUCUCUGGGCGGACAGCCUCAGCUUCAGCCCUAGGAGCUCUUCCUGCCUCUGGGAAUUCCCAGACUCCCCCAGUCUUCUUGCUUCCUGUAGUUUCUAGUGUUCUUUCCUGUGUGACCUGGUAUAAAUUAGCACAAUAUCCAAAAAAGCAUGGGUGCAGGCAGUUCCGAGAGGCCCCUGAAGCUGCCAGGUGGGGUCCACACCUUCUCCAGGCCUUGCCUAGGUCUCUCUAGUAGACCUUCAGUUGAGCUGUCCUCUAUCUGUUUGAGCCACCUUCCACACAGUUCAGCGCCAGGCUGCCCGCCAUCAGAUUGGCAAGCACACUUGAGUGUGUCUGCCUGCAGACUAGGUUUCGGGGUUGGAAAGGCAGAGGUGAGGCAGUCCUGUUUAGCCAGAUCUGAAAAGGGGAUGUCCACCUCUCUAACAUGGAUUGGAGGUGAGCCAGGGUGAGGGAUAGUCCCCGGCUGAGGUCAGCCCCCUUCUGUAGGGAAGCCAGCAAUGCCUAGCAGCCUUAAUGGAGCCCAGUGUGGGCACUGCCCUACUUCAGCCCCAGUUGCCAGGGAACCACUGGGUCCUUUGCUAACCUGGAUUUCUCUAUUGAUGUUGCCUUUGUUGCUGCCUGGUGUAGCCUCUGCUGAGGAGGGCCUAUGUCCAGCUGUGUUUCCAGGCAACCCUUGCCUCUAGAGGAUGCAGAGAAGGCCACCGCUAGGAAGCAGAACCCGCCUCCUUCCCUGCCCUGCUGCAGGUCAAUGUCACUCCGGGGCCUGAUGAUGAAGCGGACCUUGCUGUGCUGGCCCCUGUCUUGCCUCUUCGUGCUGCUGCCCUGGCCUCUGGCCACUCCAACAUCAGUAACUCCUUGGCUGUGUCCUCCUGGCAAGGAGCCUGACCUGGACCCAGGGCAGGGCACAUUAUGCCGACCCUGCCUGCCAGGCACCUUCUCAGCUUCAUGGGACUCCCAUCCAUGCCAGCCUCAUUAUCGCUGCAGCCUUCGAAGGAGGUUGGAGGCCCAGGCUGGCACAGCAACUCACGAUGCAGUGUGUGGAGACUGCCAGCCUGGAUGGUUUGGGCCUCAGGGAGUUCCUCAUGUUCCGUGUCAGCCAUGCUCCAAGGCACCUCCAAAGACUGGUAGCUGUGACGAGUCAGGGCGGCGGGCCCGGCGUGGUGUGGAAGUGGCAGCAGGUGCCAGUGGCAGUGGUGAGCUUCAGCAGUCUGGGAAUGGCACCCGGGCAGGCGGCCCGGAAGAGACAGCUGCCCAGUAUGCGGUGAUUGCCAUCGUCCCUGUCUUUUGCCUCAUGGGGCUUCUGGGCAUUCUGGUGUGCAACCUGCUCAAACGGAAGGGCUACCACUGCACGGCCCACAAGGAAGUGGGGCCCAGCCCUGGAGGUGGAGGCAGCGGGAUCAAUCCCGCCUAUAGGACAGAGGACGCCAACGAGGACACCAUUGGGGUCCUGGUGCGCCUGAUCACAGAGAAGAAAGAGAAUGCAGCGGCCCUGGAGGAGCUGUUGAAAGAGUAUCACAGCAAACAGCUGGUGCAGACGAGCCACAGGCCUGUACCCAGGCUGCUGCCGGCGUCUCCCAGCACCCAACACAUCUGCCCACAUCGCCACCACCUCCACACCGUGCAGGGCCUGGCCUCGCUCUCUGGCUCCUGCUGCUCCCGUUGUAGCCAGAAGAAGUGGCCAGAGGUGCUUCUGUCUCCUGAGGCAGCGGCUGCUAACACUCCUGCUCCCACCCUCCUGCCCAACCCAUCUAGGGCUCCUAAGGCCAGUGCCAAGACAGGACGUCAGGGUGAGAUCACCAUCUUGUCUGUGGGCAGGUUCCGUGUGGCUCGAAUUCCUGAGCAACGGACCAGUUCAUUGUCAUCUGAGGUGAAGACUAUCACGGAGGUCGGGCCCUCGGGAGGUGAUCUUCCCGACUCCCCACAGCCUGGUCUUCCCCCUGAGCAGCGGGCGCUGCUGGGAAGUGGUGGGAGCCAUACUAAGUGGUUGAAGCCCCCAGCAGAGAACAAAGCCGAGGAGAACCGCUAUGUGGUCCGGCUAAGUGAGAGCAACCUGGUCAUCUGAUGGGCUGUCUAGAAUUAGACACUCUGCCCUGCCCUGGGAGGUUCUGAAGGCUUCCUCAGGAGGGAGAGCUGCAGCUGGGACUGAGGACCAAGAUACAGCAAAGGCCAGGGCCUGGAGGUGGGGCCGUCCGCCCCACUAAGGAGGCAGCCUGGGGCACAGCACGUGAGCAGGAGAUCAAGAGCCCACCCUGUCCCUGCAGCCUGUUACUUCCCUGCAGGGCGCCCUAACCCGGUGCCUGUCCUGAACACAUCAUAGGAGCCCUCUGUCCCCUAGGAGUCUGGUUUGGUGGAGGAGUGGUGUCUGUACCUGGUCCCUAGCUUGUGCCUUGGGAACUAGCACUCUUGCCAUAUCCUGGACCCUGGACGUGCCUCCCUCUCUUCUGGCAGGCCCCCCGAAAGGGAAGGGGUAGCGAGGAGCCCUGCACUGGUGGUGGAGUACUUGGGUUCCAGCUUUCUAACUGUGAAGUGAGGGAGCAGAGCUCAAUUCCCAGGACCUUUCCAGUUCUUUGCGGGUUCUGGGUUGAGUCCUGUUGGGGGGAGCUUGACGUGGCUACCCUCCCAUUUUAGUAGCUUUAUCUGGCCUGUUUUUGCUGCUUUCUGGGCCUUGGCCUUCAAGGCUCCCAUGGGACUAUUAUGGCAAUGCCUACAGAAGGGGCUUAAUGCAUGUGCCUGCCCCUACCCUGCUAUUUUUAAUGAAACUGAAAAAUGACCUGACUUGUACAAGGCUCUGAUGCAGAGCCCCAGGCCACCCUGCUGCCUUCAACUCUGGACCUGUGGGAGAGGAUGGCAGGCUAGAGAGUGCCUCUGGUCUGUGGUUUCCAUGCACCUGUGGUAGUGUCUGCCUGAGCUUUCGGUAGCAGGGGUGACUGCCAACCCAGCCUGUCUUAGUCUCUGCUCUGGCGCAGGGCCUGGUUAUUUAUGUGGGGCUGCGCAGGCGCGGGACCCACUGCCCAUCCCAUUUCUUAUUUAUUGGAACCUGCUGUCCCUACAUCUCCAGCCCCACACACUUGAGUAAUAAAAGGUGGAAAGUGGUAUCAUGAGAUGCUUCCUUUCCCUGUUCCCACCCUGGAAACCUGUUUCCUUACCUCAUGCUUCCAGGGGCCUGGCCAGGUGCACUACGUAGUGUCCUUCCCCUCAUAAGCACCUUCCUCUGACGCCAGGGAGGUGGCUCGUUUGAUUCUCACCAAGGUCCCUAGAGGCCAGGCUUCCCAACAGAAAUACAGACUGGGCCGUGUGUGAUUGAAAGUGUUCUAAUAAUCAUUCCAAAAAGGUUUUUUGUUUGUUUUUUUUUAAGGUAAAGUUAAUAUUUUUAACUCAGUAUAUCCAGAAUGUUUUAAUUACAAUAUAAAAUAAUUAUGAAAAUUA